UCCUUGACGGUAUUGCAAGCAGUUUCAUAUGACUCUGCAGAGAAAAGGCUUCUACAAGCACCUCUCUCCUGAAGUGUUUCGACUAGAGAUUCAAAAAAUACAAAUGUCAACUAUAAAUGUUCGGGUUACAACCAUGGACGCUGAGCUGGAGUUUGCCAUCCUGCCCAGCACGACUGGCAAACAGCUUUUUGACCAGAUAGUGAAGACCAUCGGGCUGAGGGAAACCUGGUUCUUUGGCCUCCAGUAUCAGGACAGCAAAAGCUUCUCCACAUGGCUCAAGCUGAACAAGAGGGUGACAGCUCAGGACGUGAAAAGGGACAACCCUUUGUUGAUUAAGUUCAGGGCCAAGUUUUACCCUGAGGAUGUCGCCGAUGAACUGAUCCAGGAGGCAACGCAGCGCUUAUUCUUUCUGCAGGUAAAAGAGAGCAUCCUAAACGAUGACAUAUACUGUCCACCUGAGACUGCAGUCCUCUUGGCCUCAUAUGCGGUUCAGGUCAAACAAGGGGACUACAGGAAAGACUAUCACGUACCGGGAUACCUGACUAAAGAGAAGCUGCUGCCCCAGAGGGUUUUGGAGCAGCACAAACUGAAUAAGAAUGAGUGGGAGGAAAGAAUCCAGGUGUGGCACCAAGAGCACAAGCGAAUGCUGAGAGAAGAUGCCAUUGUGGAGUACUUGAAGAUAGCCCAGGAUUUAGAGAUGUAUGGGGUGAACUAUUUCAGCAUCAAGAACAAGAAAGGCUCAGAGCUAUGGCUGGGAGUGGACGCCCUGGGUCUCAACAUCUACGACAAAAAGGACAAGAUGACCCCGAAGAUUGGCUUCCCCUGGAGUGAGAUCAGAAAUAUUUCCUUCAACGACAAGAAGUUCCUCAUAAAGCCAAUCGACAAGAAGGCUCCGGACUUUGUUUUCUACGUUCCUCGUCUUCGCAUCAACAAACGUAUCCUUGCAUUGUGCAUGGGAAAUCACGACCUAUACAUGCGAAGACGUAAAGCUGACACCAUCGAGGUGCAGCAGAUGAAGGCCCAGGCCAGGGAGGAGAAGAAUAAGAGACAGACAGAGAGGGCUCUGCUUGAGAGUGAGAAGAAAAAGCGAGAGAACGCAGAGAAGGAAACAGAGAAGAUUGCCCGCGAGACUAUGGAGCUGAUGGAGAGAUUGAAACAGAUUGAAGUGCAGACAAAGAGAGCUCAAGAUGAGCUAGAGGAGCAGACACGGAGGGCUCUUGAGCUGGAGAAGGAGAGGACAAUUGCCCAGGAAGAGGCUGAGCGCCUGGACAAGGACCGACAAGCUGCUGUGGAAGCUAAAGCUGCCCUGCUACACCAAUCUGAAACCCAGAUCAAGAACCAGGAGAGCUUGGCCACUGAGCUGGCAGAGCUUACCUCUAAGAUCUCCCAGCUGGAAGAUGCCAAGAAAAAGAAGGACGAGGAGGCGAUGAGAUGGCAGAAAAGGGCGAUAAUGGUUGAAGCUGAUUUGGAGCGAGCCAAAGACGAUCUGAAGACUAAACUCAUAGGUGUCCACAUUCAGGAUUCUGUCCACUCCCAUGAGCACGACGAGACAGACGAGAGCAGCGCGGAGGCCAGCGCUGAGCUGACUUCCCCGGGCAUGGUCCGAGACCGCAGCGAAGAGGAGAGAGUCACAGAGGCUCAGAAGAACCUGAGACUGCAGAAAAACCUCAAGUUCCUGAGCACUGAGCUGGCUGGAGCUGUGGACGAGAGCAAAAAGACACCCAAUGACCUGAUCCACGCCGAGAAUGUGAAGGCGGGCCGCGACAAAUACAAGACCCUGCGUCAGAUUCGCCAGGGCAACACCAAGCAGCGCAUUGAUGAAUUUGAGUCCAUGUGAGACAGUCUGGUUUUUUUAGGCCUGGAAUCGGAGAGAUAAUGAGUUGGACACACUUAGAGAGUUUAAGAAGUCUAUUUGCAGACAAUUACUUACUGUAGGUGUUAAAUUAAGAUGACACAACCAUCUGACAUUGAAUAUUAUAUUGAUACUAUGGUUUGAUGCCUUGUCCAUGAAUUUAUAAACCCUUCAAUAGAGCACAAUUACAUCCACCAAGGUCCAACAAUCCUAUAAAUCUGUCUCGCGACUAUUGGUAUUGUGUAACUUCAUUGGUUGAAAGUUGAAUGCAAUUCUGAUGUUUGCAUCACUAAAUACUACUGGUAUACUACUGGUACCAUUUGCAUUUUAAUAAUGAUAACUCUAGAUUGUGGAUUCAGCCUUUUCUUCCACCAGAUGUUGAUAUUAUAUGGAGAUAUAUGGAUAUACUGUCUAUAUGUAGAGAUAAUAAAUAUCAAUAUAAAUCUAUAUAUCUGAUAUAUUAUCUUUCACCCAGGAAUCAGAUCAUUAACUCAAGUAAAAGUGUUAAUUCCACACACUAAAAACACUCCACUACAAGAAGAUGUGCAUUCAAAACCUUUUUUAUCAACACAAGAGCUAAAAGUAUAAAAAGUAAACCCAGUCGGUGUAGCAAAAUGUUUUAUUAUUUUACCUAACAUCUAUGCAUUAAUAUCACUGCUAAAUUAAUGUGUAUGAUGCAUCUUACUGCUGUAUAUUUUUCUGGAGAUGUUUUAAGGUUGAGCACAUGAACUAUUCCUCAUCGGUGUUGCGUAAUCCUACGGACAGAUAAACAAACAAACAAACAGAUUGCCAGGCAGACACGGGUGAAAACAUGACCUCCUUGGCCGGGGUAAUAACUCAGCCUUCGAAAUACAUUUUUGAUUUUGAAGGAACGCGAAACACAUUACCAGUCGGGUUCAGUGUGGAAAAUAUAUGACGCCAAUAUAUCAGCAGUGCUGUCAGUUAUAAAAAGGUUUGCUCAUUCUGACUCGUGAAAAACCUUGUUAGUACUGAAUAAUGGAAGCAGUCACAUAGCGUAAAAUAACAAAGCGCAUCACUCCAAAUAAAAGUUAAAUCAUCUAUACUUAAUUGCAGAAAUAAAAUACACAGAAACACCAUCAGUGUGUGUGUGUGUGUGUGUGUGUGUGUUUGCAUCAGUUGUGACUGACUAAUCAUCACCUCCAGUCCAAUGAGGCAAACAAUUCAUGCAGCACAAGAACUGAUUAUCUGCAAUCAAAAAUAAAAUCCAAUUAUCACCCUCAAAGAGAUGUGUGUCAAUCUUGUAUAAAUCAAAAAAAUAAAAUCAGAAAAUUAAUGUGGUGUUGGAGAUGUUAUAUAUACUAUCUCCAAUCCCCCCCCCCCCCACAAACACACACACACACACACACACACACACACAGCUGCACCUCUAUCUCACUGUCAUCGGACGGUAACUGCAGCCAGCCCAGACUCCCCAUCUCCUCACGAGAUGUAUUAGAAAUCCGACAGAUCUUGUUUUGAUGAGGCUCAUCCACCACCCCCUUCUCCUGUUGCUCACUGCUCGUCCAUCAAAUGUUGCCCAAAAAUAAAACGGAUGAAAGUGCAGAGUG